CAGCCGGCUGCCGCGAAAACCCGGAGCAGCUGCGUGUGCUCGUGGACAGUCCUCCUAGGGGCGAAGCCAGGCAGCUGGGCAUGCUCAGUAGCUGGGGGAGGUUUGGGUGGAGAGUAGAAAGCUUUGGCUCUGCCCCCCACCCUCCUUUCAGCCCCCGCCCCCCUUGCCCCUACCCAGCGGUAGUAGUUCCCCAGCGUGCGCCCGGGGAGACCAGGAACAUGGCGCUCGGAGCCAUGUAGCAGUGGAGGAGAAGGGGAUGAGCCACUGCCGCUUCGCUGACAGCCAGCCACCAGAAAUACACUGUGGUGAAAUGCUUCUGCCUCUUGCCAAAAUGAACACAGAAGAAAAAUGAAGACUGAAGAAUUCCAACGAAAAGUCACAGAACAGAAAUAGCUGCACACCUCUGUAGUCUCUAAUCCAUCUACAGCCAUCGUACAAAAGGUUGUUGCAUCAUGUUUGGGAAGAAAAAGAAAAAGAUUGAAAUAUCUGGCCCAUCCAACUUUGAACACAGGGUUCAUACAGGGUUUGAUCCACAAGAGCAGAAAUUUACUGGCCUUCCCCAGCAGUGGCAUAGCCUGUUAGCAGACACAGCCAACAGGCCGAAGCCCAUGGUGGACCCUUCCUGCAUUACACCCAUACAGCUGGCUCCCAUGAAGACAAUCGUUAGAGGAAACAAACCCUGCAAGGAAAGCUCCAUCAACGGCCUGCUGGAGGAUUUCGACCACAUCUCUGUGACUCGCUCCAACUCCCUGAGGAAAGAAAGCCCACCCACCCCGGACCAAGGAGCCGCCAGCCACGGUCAAGGCCACUCGGAAGAAAAUGGCUUCAUCACCUUCUCACAGUAUUCCAGCGAGUCCGACACCACUGCAGACUACGCCACGGAGAAGUACAGGGAAAAGAGUCUCUACGGAGACGAGGUGGACCCCUACUCUAAAGGCAGCCACCACGCGGUCAAGCAAAACGGGCACGUAAUGAAGAUGAAACAUGGGGAGGCCUACUAUUCCGAGGUGAAGCCUUUGAAAAGUGACGUUGCCAGAUUUCCCGCCGAUUAUCACGCACACUUGGACUCACUGAGCAAACCAAGUGACUAUAGUGACUUCAAGUGGGACUACCAGCGGGCCUCCAGUAGCUCCCCGCUGGAUUACCCAUUCCAGUUCACGCCUUCCAGAACUGCAGGGACCAGCGGGUGCUCCAAGGAGAGUCUGGUGUACAGCGAAAGUGACUGGGGACCCAGCCUGGACGACUAUGAGAGGAGGCCAAAGUCCUCGUACCUGAAUCAGAGGAGCCCUCAGCCGGCCCUGCGGCAGAGGUCCAGGUCAGGCUCAGGGUUGCAGGAACCCAUGAUGCCAUUCGGAGCAAGUGCAUUUAAAACCCAUCCCCAGGGACACUCCUACAGCUCCUACACCUACCCUCGCUUGUCGGAGCCCACAAUGUGCAUUCCAAAGGUGGAUUAUGAUCGAGCACAGAUGGUCCUCAGUCCUCCACUGUCAGGGUCUGACACCUACCCCAGGGGUCCCGCUAAACUACCUCAAAGUCAAAGCAAAGCAGGCUAUUCCUCAAGCAGCCACCAGUACCCUUCUGGGUACCACAAAGCCACCCUGUACCACCACCCUUCCCUGCAGACCAGUUCUCAGUACAUCUCCACAGCCUCUUACCUGAGCUCUCUCAGCAUUUCAUCCAGCACCUACCCCCCACCCAGCUGGGGCUCCGCCUCAGACCAGCAGCCCUCCAGGGUGUCCCAUGAACAGUUCAGGGCUGCUCUGCAGCUGGUAGUCAGCCCGGGAGACCCAAGAGAAUACUUGGAUAACUUUAUCAAAAUCGGAGAAGGGUCAACAGGCAUCGUGUGCAUCGCAAGCGAGAAACACACGGGAAAGCAAGUGGCGGUGAAAAAAAUGGAUCUUCGAAAGCAACAGAGGCGAGAAUUGCUUUUUAAUGAGGUUGUGAUAAUGCGGGAUUACCACCAUGAAAAUGUGGUGGACAUGUACAACAGCUACCUGGUUGGAGAUGAGCUCUGGGUGGUCAUGGAGUUUCUAGAAGGUGGUGCCUUGACAGACAUCGUUACUCAUACCAGAAUGAAUGAAGAACAGAUAGCUACUGUCUGUCUGUCAGUGCUGAGAGCUCUCUCCUACCUGCACAACCAAGGAGUGAUUCACAGGGAUAUAAAGAGUGACUCCAUCCUCCUGACAAGUGAUGGCCGGAUAAAGCUAUCUGACUUUGGUUUCUGUGCUCAAGUUUCCAAAGAGGUGCCAAAGAGGAAAUCCCUGGUGGGCACCCCUUACUGGAUGGCACCUGAAGUUAUUUCCAGGCUACCCUAUGGGACAGAGGUGGACAUCUGGUCUCUUGGGAUCAUGGUGAUAGAGAUGAUUGAUGGUGAGCCCCCCUACUUCAAUGAGCCUCCUCUGCAGGCAAUGCGUAGGAUCCGGGACAGUUUACCUCCAAGAGUGAAGGACCAGCACAAGGUCUCUUCAAUGCUCCGGGGAUUCCUAGACCUCAUGUUGGUGAGGGAACCCGCUCUAAGAGCCACAGCCCAGGAACUCCUUGGACAUCCUUUCUUAAAAUUGGCAGGUCCACCAUCUUGCAUCGUUCCCCUCAUGAGACAAUAUCGGCAUCACUAAGGGCAUCACUGAGCAGAGGAUUCACGUAGGUGACAAAAACUAAGCAAGGAUGUGAGAAUAAUUCAGGAGAACAUAAGAAAAACCACAGAUCAUACAAAAGGCCUGUGCAUUCUAGACCAGCUGAUUGGUGGGACAGUGCGAUGACCGGCAGGGUUCGACAGACCAGGGCAUCUUCUUGUGUCUUAAAUAGGCAUCUCUCCACUGACAGCUGGCAUGGUCAUUUGGAGUAUGGCUUUAAUAAGUCAUUAUUAUAUUUUUCAGCCCUUCAUCCAGCAAAUCAGAAGGACUCAGUACAAACUCCGUUAUGUUAUAUCCUAGCCACAUGCAGGGUACCGCAUAGGAUUUUCUAUAUUGAAAGAAUACUUUUCUGGCAAAAAAAAGAAAAAUAAAUUAAAAAAAAAGAAAGAAAGGAAAACAAAAAGCACUUUUUUCUUAAUGGUAGCAGUGUAAUGUAUUUUGCAAUGAAUUUGUAAUUUUUCUGUACAAUAGUUUUGAUAAUUUAUAGUACUUUGAUGUCACGUAGCCAUUGUAUCAGUUGAAGUAAUACUUGUUUACUAGCAGGAGUUUGAACAAAGCCUUUCCUACUUUUUUAUCCCUUUCAGAGAACCAACGAUUCUUUAGGAACUUUGAAUACUGAAUGACUCUCAAUCACCGUCAGCUUUAGUAGAAUAUCUUUCUUAUCUUAACAAGUGUCUUAUGUGAUGGAAGAAGAGUUAAGAGUGAUGGUUGAUGGUGUACACAUUUCAUUUAUACAACCAAAAAAUGAUGAAAUAAAGUUUGAGCCACAUUAAACUACCAAACUAUUCCUUGGGAUAAAGCUAAAUAUUUUGAAAAAAUCACAUUUUCCUUCAAGGCUUUUAGAAGCAAACCAUUUCUUGCACAUCAGGAUGUUUCCCUUAGUGGCAUACCCUCAAAUGGGAAUGCCAUCCCCUUGUGGCCAAAUUUCCCUUCCAGGGAGCAAUUUCAAUGCUAGGAUCAUUGGACUCAUUUCCCCCACAAUUGAAUGUUUCAGUGAGACCGUGGGAAUUUCAGGCUCAUAAAGGGAGAUGAGCGUGAACAAGGCAAGAUGUUUGGUUUCAUUGAUCACUGUUUUAAAACUCUGUAUGCUAGCACACCAAACUCUUGUCUGUAUUUACCUUUGUACCACAGUAUUAAUCUCUAUUGUUCAUGUAUUGUGCUGGAAGUCUGAACUGAUGCUAGAGGAUGAAUUAGAAAGGGGGUAUUUUACCAGGUAUGAUCUGACUUCAGUUUUAACCAUGUUAUGAAGUGUUUCUGACAUAGGAGAAUUUGUGCUGCUGUCUAGGUCUUCUUGAAUGUUGAUAAAAAUGAAUGACUACUACAAUACAUUUUGUGUUGCUUGUUGGAUGAAUUUGCAUGUUAACUGUAGGCCAAUAUAGAUUUGCCUUUAAAACUCUGGAAGAGCUACAUAGUCAUCAUUAGUUUCUAUUAAUUAUGCAUCAGACAAAAGCCAUUUGUUACCAAACUGGAAAACCAGAGGCUUUUCUUAAUGACUUCAUAUACUGUAACAGAUAUAAAUUUAAAUUUGCAAAAAUACUCUGGUUACUCUAAGCAUAAUUAAGGACUUUUUGUAAUAUUAAUAGGUUGCUAAUUAUUUAUUAUAGUUAAAAGGGAGGGGAGGCAUAAAAAUGACCUUCUAUGGUUUAGAUUUUCAGUUUUCCCCCAAACUGGAAAUGCCUCACCAUCAAUAGGAUCUUUAAAUUUUUUUGUUUCAUAAAAUAGCAAAUUGAUGUUUUAUGUAAAAUAUUAAAAUAUUAAUAUAAAUAUGUAAGAAUAAAAACCUAAAUACAGACAAUGGCAGUCCUAAAAGUUAAUGAAAUAGUUUGUCUUAAUUUAAGCAGGACUAUGUAGAAUAAGAUAGAAAAGAAAAAGAAAUCCUUUUUUAACCAGAACAAACAUUUAAAAAAAAACUGCAGAAAACAGUGGAUUUUGGAUUCAGACAUUUUUGACAAUGUAAUGGAAAUUUUUUCAUGUAACUUUCUUAUUAUUGGCUAUUUUUUAAAGUGUUCAUUGAGUUUACCAAAAGUUACUGUAGCUUAAAAGGAUCUGUGGCAGAAACUGCACUUGCAAAUGAAAAUAAAUGUUUGCCUUUUCCCCAUUGUGUUUUUG